AUGGCCGCAGAAGGGGCAGCAGCGGUGGCAAUGCUCCCAAAGGAGUACGGUUAUGUGAUGCUGGUGAUCGUCCUCUACGCCUUCCUGAAUUUCUGGAUGGCCUUCCAGGUCGGCCAGGCGCGGAGAAGGUAAACACCGUCGCCGCUCCCAGAUAUUCUGGAGUUGUCACUAUUAAGGCCGCCGUCUUCUUUGUCUUGCCGCCUCCCUCCUCGAGUCCUCCUCUUCAAUUUGUCAGAUCCACUGAGGAUUUCCAUGCGUUAAUUUGGCGACAGGUACAACGUGUUCUACCCCACCAUGUACGCCACUGAGUCGGAGAACAAGGACGCUAAGCUCUUCAACUGCGUCCAGGUAACUCGCCAUCCCCUCGACUUCCCGUAGGAUCUAGGGUUUAAGGUUGGAGUCGCAUUUCCAACUCCACUGAGAUCGAAUGUUGUGGGGAGCAGAGAGGUCACCAGAACUCGCUGGAGAUGAUGCCGCUGUUCUUGGUCACGCUCGCUUUGGGGGGGCUGAAGCACCCCAUAGUGGCAGCGACCCUCGGUGCCCUCUACGCUGUCGGGCGUUUCUUCUACUUCAAGGGCUACUCCACUGGGAACCCCAACAACCGCAUGAAGUUGGGGUGAGACCCGAAGAACUACUCAGAGAUUCAAACCCUGAUAACUCAUCUCUCUCGACAUCCCUUAUUCAUUCUUUUUCCCUGGAACUCCUGUUUUUUCUCUGCAGCGUACUCAGCUUCCCAGCAAUCAUGGGUCUCAUCCUCUGCACGGCGUCAUUGGGCGUCCACCUACUCCGACGCCAAUUCUAG